UGCUAGAUUGGCUUCUCUCUUUGGCCUGGAUCAAACAGUCUCAAGCUAUGGAAAUGAAUUCUUCCAGUACACUGCACCAAAGCAGCCUAAGAAGGGUCAAACGGCAGCUGCAGGUCCAGCAGCCCAGAAGGCUCCUGUGGCCCCGGCAGCUUCGGGAGCACCGUCAGUGUUCGUGGCCACCGCAGUCCAUGCUUAUCGCUAUACAAAUGGGCAGUACUUGAAGCAAGGCAAGUAUGGAGCAGCAGUAGUGGGGAACCAUGCUACUAAAGAGUACAGGAUCAUCCUUUACAUGAGUCAGCAGCAACAGAUCACAACUGCAAGGAUCCACCCGGCCUUCGUACUCACGGUUCAACCCAACAAUUACAGUACGUUCUACGAUGACCAGAGACAAAACUGGUCCAUCAUGUUUGAGUCGGAAAAGGCAGCAACCGAUUUCAGUAAGCAGGUGUGCAUUGCCAAAUGGAACAGCUCCCCGGUGCUCGAUUCGGUGCUCUACCAGGAUCUCCUCCUUGGAGAAGGGCAGGGAGUAGAAGCAGGAGACUCCUUGGAGGUUGCCUACACAGGUUGGCUGUUUCAGAACAACGGACUCGGACAAGUGUUUGACUCGAAUGUUAACAAAGACAAGCUGUUGAGGCUAAAGCUGGGAUCUGGAAAGGUCAUCAAGGGCUGGGAAGAAGGAAUGAUGGGGAUGAAGAAAGGAGGGCGAAGAUAUCUCAUUAUUCCUCCGGCAUGGGCCUACGGUGCUCAGGGCGUGGCUGGCCGUGUCCCUCCAGACUCUACUUUAGUUUUUGAGGUGGAAGUUAAGCGGGUGAAGUUGGUAAAGGAGUGCUCUGGUUCGGAUGCACAGAGUGUUAGUUCAAGGGAUUCUCCUGCACCUUCUCCAGUACCUAAUUCAGAUGGCUUCUCUGCGGACACGGGUUUGUCCCCUCCGUCUUCGGUACCUCCAAAGCCCGGCGAGCCAGCUGUUCGGGCCAAGUCCAACUCCAUCAGUGAACAGCUAGCGAAUCCAGAUGUAGCAAAGGCAAAGCUAAUUUCUCGGAUGGCUAAGAUGGGACAGCCCAUGCUGCCUUUCCUUGCUGGAACAGCAGGUAGUCAACUCGACUCCAGUGACUCGGAAAUAGAGGAUCCAAACACAGCAAGAGGGACAGCACAACCGGUGGCCCCAUCUUCCGUGAGACCGUCACAGCCAGCUCAUGCAGUACUGCCCACGGUGUCCACACAAGUACCUCAAGCAGCUGGUUCUGCACCCCCUGUAUCUUCUGCUGCUUUAAUACCUGCAACAAUCCAGCCCCAUUCAGCUCUGCCGGGAGGAGCACAGGGCUUUCAGGCCUAUCCAGGAAUGGCAUUUGCUUACCCCCAAGCUGCUGCCUCUGCUUCUCAGCUCCAGCCUCUUGGACAGAUGUAUCCUGCACCUUACCAAGCACCCGGGGAUGUUACUUCCUUUUUGAUGACGGAAGCUCGGCAGCAUAACACUGAAAUCCGAAUGGCCAUUAGCAAAGUUGUAGAUAAAAUGGAUCAUCUGGCGGCCAAGGUGGAGGAGCUGCAGAAACAAAACACUGGUAACAGCUCGCUGCUGCCUGGUAUCUCCUCUGUUAGUAUGGAAGCCUCCAUGAUCAUGAGCAAUAUCCAGCGCAUAAUCCAGGAGAACGAGAGGCUGAAGCAAGAGAUAUUUGAGAAGAGCAGUCGGAUUGAGGAGCAGAAUGAGAAGAUCAGCGAGCUGAUUGAACGGAAUCAGAGAUACGUCGAACAGAGUAACUUGCUGAUGGAGAGGAGGAACCAUUCCCUGCAAACAACAAACGAGACCACACAGGCGAGAGUGUUGCAUGCAGAACAGGAGAAGGCCAAAGUUGCAGAAGAGUUAGCAGCUGCCACCGCGCAGGUUUCCCAGCUGCAGCUGGAGCUGACCGCCCACCAGAAGAAGGAGAUGGACCUGCGGAAGCAGCUCUCUGCUGCGCUGCAGGAGGCCGAGCGGCACGAGGCUCAGCUCAACAAGCUGCAGGCACAGUUAGUGGAGCUCCAGGAAGCCUCUAAUGACACUCAGACUAGAUUCAAAGCUGAGAAGCAGAGCCGCAAGCAGCUGGAUGUGAAGAUUACAGCACUGGAGGAGGAGCUGAUGGACCUAAAAGUGGAAAAGGAGGCUCUUGAGAGGAAUCUUGCAGAGAGGAAGAAGAAAUCCCUCUCAGAGAGAGCUCAAGCAGAGGAGGAGAUGGAAGAAAUACGCAGAUCUUAUCAGCAGCUUCGACAGCUGCUGAAAAAGGCACAGACUUCGACUGACCAGGCAGCAGCAGAGCAGCUGUCGCUCAUCCAGGCGGAGCUGGAAUCCCAGUGGGAAGCCAAAUGUGAACGUACGCUGGCCUCGGCCAAGGAGCAGCACAUUAGACAGUACCAGGAGGUGUGUGAGCAGAGAGAUUCCCUGCAGCAGCAGGUGUCCCAGCUGGAAGAGAAGCUUGCAGCUGUAAAGCACUUGAAAAAAGCAGAGGAGCAAAAAUUGUCUGAGUUUCAGCAACGUUUGGAGCAGCUAGAGCCUAUCGAAGAGAAGUGCUCAGCCCUGCAGUCUGAUCUCGCAGCACUGAAGGCUCACUAUGAACAACGCAUCCAGGACCUGGAGAAGGAUCGGGACGGAUCUUCGCCUGCAGAUUUCACAGAGGAAGUGAAGAAGAUAAUGAAUGGUGUAUUUCAGUCCCUUCGGGGUGAAUUUGAGCUGGAGGAGACAUACAGUGGCAGGACGGUUCUGGGUGUUGUCAUGAACACUAUUAAGAGUGUAACACUGCAGCUACUCAGCAGACAGCAGGAGAAGCCAGGCUACGACAGUCAGCAGGAGGAAUCUGGAACAGGAGCAGCAAGGCGGGAGGGAUCACCUGGAGCGAAGACUGAUGAUGAAGAGCCGGUGCGGUGCAGCCCGGCACAGAGUGUCGCACUCUCGGCGGAUCCUGUGGAAGCAACCCCAGGCCCCGCGGUGGCUGACCGGGACGGCGAGGCUGCUCCUCUGCCUGCCAGGCCCAGAACUCCUGAGGAGGAGCAGGUGACAUGGAGCAGUGGGGAGUCAGGAGAGGAGAAGGUCGAAGGAGAACAUCUCUCUUAUGCAGCUGAUCCAGAUAAGGGGCCUGUUCCCGAGGCGGAUGAGGACUUUGUCCCAGCUGAGCGAAGGCAGGAGAGCAGUCCCACCAGGAAUGAGGCUGAACGCUGUCCCUCCAGAGCAUCUCUGCAGGUGGAAGUCAUGGAUCCUUCUGUGGUAGAAGCCAAGCCAGGAGAAGCGGUGCUAGCAGAAAAGCCGGCUGCGGGGCAGAAGGCAGAUUCCUCUGCGGGAGGUUUAGAGCCCCCGCCCCUAAACGGUGAGGGAGGGACCUGCACAGGCCCAUCAGAUGGAGCCAGCUCCGAGAAGGAGCCUGGUUCAGUAUCCAGCACCACAAAGCCGAGCUCAGCUGUUGUCAGAGAAACCCCAGGACAGCAGGAACGGGGCUCCAGCCCCAGCCAAAAAGAUUCCAGCCUCUUUGAGGACGACAACUUCUUCGAAACAGCAUCUCAUAAACCACUGAAGCCUCAAGUUCCCUCUGAAGAGGAGGAUGAGGAGGAAGUGAGCAUGAAGGGGCGUCCCCCUCCAGCUCCCCUCUUCGGUGAUGAUGACGAUGAUGAUCUGGACUGGCUGGGAUGA